AUGGACAAGAGUGGCAUGCAGAUUCCACUUCGGGUCUUUGCAGCUGCAAUUUGCAUUCCCAUCAUUUUGGCAAGUUGUAGUUUUGGGGAACUUUGCCGAACUGAGUUAGAUUGUGCUUCCCAAUGGAGAGCAGAUUAUCAAGAUUACUUCAGGCCCCUGUCUUUUGCGCGAGUGUAUGCCAAUGAUGCUGGCGCUCCCAUGCCAGACAGUGAGAAAACUUUGUCCACGAUCGAGUUGCACCGCAUGAAAGACUCGGCAGAUCAGCUCCUCAGUUCGAGAGAGGAAGGUGGCAGGCUGCAGGAGCUAGAUCUUAUUGUAACCGAUGCAGCAUAUAAAGUCUUGAUGUGUUGGAACUCUGGGGGGCGCUUUUGGUACUUGGAGACGGACGUUACCAGCUCUACAGCUUGCGUGCCUUCCAUUUGCACUGAAGAGCAUAUUGAAAGGAAUGUUGCCCGGAUGUUCUUUGAAAAGAUAGCUCCGCCCGGUUUCAGCCCGGAAAUAACCCUUGUGCGCGAGCUCUUUCAUUGGGGACAGAUGCAGCUGGACUUCGUUAUUAUUGGGAUGGAUGGUUGUGGUAGCACAUCCGUGCACAGGAUACUGGCGCAGCAUACGGAGGUCACGUUCACCAACAUAUCCGUCUUCAACGUUGAUGAAGAUUUCUUCCUGAUAGAGAUGGGCAGGCAAACGUUGCCUUUUCGUGCUCAAGUGGAGCGCUUGAACCUUUUUCGCAUGGAGCUCCAGGCCCUGAAGGGCGACUCCCAGCUGGUCGGGCUUUAUCAGCCCUACAUGUGGCAUGUUGAUGUGCUGAGGUUGGCGAUCAAGCAAAUGCCAAACCUAAGGGUACUUGCCACAGUUUGUGACCCUGUAGAUCGCUUUGAGCGUCGCAUGCACGGCCAGAGUAGGCCAUCUGACGAGAAGUUGUCGGAAUCCGUGGAAAGGCAGCUCAACGACGAUGCCUCGGUAAAUCUUGCGCAGAAAUGGCGUGGGUGGCAUGCGGCCUUUGGGCACCGAAUUCUUUUCGUUGAGCAGCUUAGACUCAGCUCGCAUGAAACGUGGAGAACCAUUUCCGAGUUCUUGAAAAUCCGGCCAUUCCCGCGCACCUUCCGAUUCCCACGCUAUAACGCACGUGGUUCGCGGUCGAAUCUUUGUCAGCACCGGAGACUACUGGACGAGUUGAAGGAGCGCUUCAGGUCGGAGUACGACUUUUUGCAGGAAAUCUUCGGAUCCGAAGGCUUCAAGCACCGCUGGACUCAUUGUGAAAGGAUGGAUUCCAUGAACACCGCAUGUGUGAAGAUGUUUGUGUUUGCUCAAGAGAACAUCAUCCAGCGACUGCCAUCGCUGGCGAAGGUCGGGGGGUGCGGGAUGCACCAUGUAGGUGAUGUCUUGCUGUCGUUCUUGGCAUGCCUCGACAUCCGUGCAGAGAUUCUGCAAAUGUUCUUUCUUGGUGGGCAUAUCGGCUCUGGUAACAGCUUGAUCCUGGAAGAGACGCUAACAUGGGCCGUGAUGGAUGAGGCCGCUGAUCGAUCGUGCUGCAGGUGGUCUGAUGCGGCACUCCUGAUGUUGGCACUCAUCUGUCCUACUGAGGUGGCCAAGGUUGAGACCAAGGCAGGACGAGCGUUGGCGAUGAUAUCAGGUGCUCCUGGAAUCCUCCAUCAGGGCCAUGCGGAUGGAGAGAUCCCCCGGCAGGCAGUGCGAAUGGAGCAUUUCUUCCCCUCUUCGCUCCCGAGAGGGUCACACUCCGGAGGCCCUUGCCGCCUUGCAGUUACGAUUGCUGCAGUGAGUGCUGCGGCAGCUCGCCGCCAGCCGCGACCGGCCGUGCCGUGGAGGCUUCCGCUCCAGGCAUCGGACGAUGCUGAGCCCGGCACGACGGCUGUGUAUGCAAGCAGUUCACAAAGUGUUUUGGAUAGGCUCUGGCAGAGCCAAAGGCAAAACAUGCAGGUGCUUGCCGUGGGCAUACUUGGUGCCAUGCUCUUCGGCACCUUUGUCACACUCACCCAGGGCGUCGUCGCGGGUGCUGAAUGGUUUGCAUGCUACGUCAUCGAGUAUUCCUUGUCCGUCGACAAUCUCUUCGUUUUUAUUGUGAUCUUUGACUACUUUAAAGUCACUGGUGACCGCCAGUCGCAAGUUCUCAACUACGGCAUCGCCGGUGCUGUGGUCUUGCGUUUUCUUUUUGUCUACCUGGGGGCGCAGCUGCUGCAGCGCUUCGACUUUCUGAUCUUGUUCUUUGCUGCUAUUCUGGUGUAUGCAUCGUACCAGGGCCUUGCCAGCCGCGACGAUGACGAUGAUGAUGACACAGAUUCCAUUGAGGAAUAUGGUGUCUACAAGGCACUGAAAAAUCUGUUUGAGAUCUCGCCGCGCUUGGAUGGAGACAAGUUUUUUACAGAGUUGGAUGGGAGAACGGUGGCAACACCAUUGCUUCUGUGCCUGCUGGUGGUGGAGUUCAGUGACAUCGUGUUUGCCACAGAUUCUGUGCCUGCUGUGUUGGGAACCACCAAGGAUCCAUUUAUCGCAUAUUCGUCGAACAUUUUUGCAGUGUUUGGGCUGCGAUCUUUGUUCUUCAUCCUGCGCGAAGCCAUGACGAGGUUUACCUACUUGGAGCCAGCGGUGAGUUUUGUGCUGGGCUUCAUCGGACUAAAAAUAGUUGUGGAUUACUUUGAGAUCAUCGAGGUGCCUGUUAUGGGCUCACUGGCCAUCGUUCUCUCCAUCCUGGCCACCGGGAUCUACUUGAGCAUCAAGGUCGCGAGUCAGGACGCGAAGGAUCUCGACUCGCCCUCCGACACCGGCAGUUGCCUCAGUGGCUGCAGUCCGUCUUCUCCACCGACUCACAUCUGUGUCCGCACGCAGGCAAGUAGCGACCCAGUGGAGGGCGCAUUUGCUGCAGGUGUGUUGCAAGACCUGGCACUUGCGCAGCCGGAGCUGCUUAGACCCAGCAUCGAGUGGUUGGUGCUUGCGGAAAAGUACCCGGAGUUCGACCUGGAGGUCCCGGGUCGGGCACCACGCUUCUUGGGGUUGCUGAUGGGAGAAAGCUCCAGAAUGGAUAUGUACAAUAGGAGCAGCAAAGUCUUGUUGGACAUCAAAGCUCCCGCCCGUGGGCAAGUUGCUUCGCGGCAAACUAGAUACCGCUAUGCGGCUAUGACAAAUCUCGCAGAACUUGCAGCUGCCUUCCCUGGCAGGGGACAGUUGGACACGUUGCUGUCCUUGCGCGACGACGAGAUGUUCCUGAAAGUCUGUUGUGAUCGCCACCAGGAAGAUGCCAAGGGCAUGCCAUUUCUAUGCUGGCCCGAGUUUGGGGCUGGGCCAUGUGGCGGAUACUGGCAGUGUUGCUUCAGCAAGCUUCGCUUCUACCUGCAUGAGCCCGCUGGCGUCGAGAGCAUCCUCGCCCCGUGGAUGCGCCGCAGAUUAGAUCAGGACUUCGGCAUGUACGAGUCGCAGAUGGCGACAAGACCAAGACUCCCAACGUUGAACAGCACUCUCAGUGCCGAGCUGUGCCGUGUGUGGAUGCCUGGACCUGCUGGGGAAACAGGCCCGUGUCCCCAAAGGCCUGCUCCAAGGUACAGAGGUGCUUGCAACGAUCGGUGGGUGUCGAUGCUGGACACCGUCUUGAAGGUGAUCCUGUGGAACGUGCCGACGACUUCAUGGCCAGAACAGGGCUUCUCUUUUGAGCUCCAGUCCUUGAGAAAUCUACCACCGAAGGCAGGUCUUCCGGACAAUCUCGGCACGGUGCAUCCUGCACCGCUUUGGCCAGAAGGUUUGCUUCGGCGCAUGCACGACUUCCCAGAGCUCGCCUUUCCCCCGAUUUUCUGCUUCUCCGCCCUGCCCUUCGUAAGGGAGGGUGUCGUUCUGAUUCCUUCAGAGAUUUUGGGCUCGGACAAGCAGCUCGCGAGCCUGGCUCGCACCAACGAGCUGCGCUUGGAAAAGCCUUACACUUCCAGCAAACCUUCCCUUCUCUGGCGGGGGUCGAUAGGUGAUUCGCAGUCCCUCGAGGACCAGAUUGCCUUCCUCCCGCGAUCCCACAACCUUACUGACCCGCAAGCCCGGGAAGCCCUGAAGGCAGUGGUUCAUCGGGCAUGUCAGAUUGAGAUGCGCGGGAAGUACGUGGCGAUGAGCAUGGAUUUUCCGGAUAUCUUAGAUUGCAAAUUCUCGUGUGGGCGCCAUCGGACUCUCGAGGUAUGGCCGCGGCUGGCAGAGCUCUUGGCUUCAUUGGGGCUGCUGGUGGAUCGUAUGCCGCUGAAGGAUUUUCUAGACUUCCGUUUUGGGGCCAUUCUAGAUGGUUGGUCGUUUGCUCGCAACACGGUGCUCACCCUCGCACUGGAUUUGACUCCUUUCCGCGUGGAGACCUAUUUACAAUGGUGGUAUCACGAAGGCCUUCAGCCGUGGGAGCAUUAUGUUCCUCUUAAGCCUGAUGUUUCAGCCGCCGAUGUCCGGGACAAGGUGAGAUGGGCAACGGCAGAGACCGCGGUUGCAGAGCGGAUCGCUCGUUCUUCCACAGCCUUCGCGAUGCGCUGGUUCCCGGAGCCCAUGCAGAUGGCUUAUGUCGCAGCAGCCCUGAUGCGCUACGCACGGACUUUUUCAACUGGCGGGGCUGUCUCGGGCCUGGAGGAGAUUUUCAGAAGCAAGGCUUUGAGGUGGUCCGGAGCCUCCUUCGACAUCGAAAAGAGCAGUCCCUAUGGCAGCGGCCAGCUGCCAGCGGCCAUGGCUCAGAUGAAUCCGCUUUCCGGCUCGUAUGCUCAAUUGCAGCCUCAGCCCGGGCAGCCCGGGCAGCCCGGGCAGCCCGGGCAGCCGGCGUCUCCCACCAACGUCGUACGCCCUGGGCAGGGCAGCUUUCAGCUGCAGCGCCCGGUGGGGAGCCUUGGUGCGAUGGACGGUGCGCCUCAGGUGAUGAUGCAACACGGUCAGGGAAUGAGGACCGUGCCGGCCAACGCUUCCAUGGGACAUGGACCGUCUCGAGAGCAGGCGCUGCAGCAGCGCGUCGCCGAUUUGGAGGAGGCCCUGAGGGGCAAGGACCAGGAGAUCAAGGAGCUUCAAACGGCUCUUAGCCGAGCGGGUAUAAAGCUUCCUUCCAGCUUCGCCAAGAAGGCCAAAGCGCGAGAAAAGGUCGGCAGCGGCGGCUUUCGGAAAGUCUCGCAGUCGCAGCCUGCGGUGCCCUACGAAGCCAUUGACCAGGAGGAUCCGAUUGACCUCCGCCUGGAAGAGUUCUACAAUGGCACAGGUUCAGCGAUUCCGUUUCAGAGGAUUAACCGAGGAUUCUAUCGCUUUGGGGAGACCAUCCUGGAGCUGAAUAUCAUUAACCAUAAGCUGAUGGCGCGGACAGAGGACGGAUGGAAUCGAAGCAAGUUCGGUCCGAUCGAGAAGUUCCUCAUGUAUUACGAAAACAUUGAGAGGGAGAAGGCCGGGAUCCUCUUGGAGCCUUGA